GUACCCCUGGAUCCACUGGAAAAUGUGAUCCUGGUCUUCCUGGACCUGAUGGUGAACCAGGAAUUUCAGGAAUUGGAUUUCCUGGGCCUCCUGGACCUAAGGGAGACCAAGGUUUGCCAGGAACAAAAGGAUUACUGGGUUGUCCUGGAAAAAUGGGAGAGCCUGGGUUACCAGGGGAGCCAGGCCGCCCAGGAGCCAAGGGAGAACCAGCACUAUCCAUGCCUGGAGAACCAGGAACACCAGGUUUUCCAGGAGAAAGAGGGAAUCCUGGGGAACAUGGAGAAAUUGGACUCCCUGGACUUCCAGGUCUCUCUGGAAUUCCAGGAAAUGAAGGGCUUGAUGGGCCACGAGGCGAUCCAGGGCAGCCUGGACCACCUGGAGAUAAAGGACCUCCAGGAAAGUGCAUAGAGGGGCCCAGGGGAGCCCAAGGACUUCCAGGCUUAAAUGGACUCAAAGGGCAACAAGGCAGAAGAGGCAAAACAGGGCUGAAGGGAGACCCAGGGAUUCCUGGCUUGGAUAGGUCAGGAUUUCCUGGGGAACCUGGACUACCAGGAAUGCCCGGUCAUCCAGGUGAGAUGGGACCACCUGGUCGGAAAGGAUAUCCAGGAAAUCCCGGAUUUUUAGGGGCACCAGGUGAAAAUGGAAUGGUUGGGAUGAUGGGCUUUCCUGGAGCCAUUGGCCCUCCAGGGCCUCCUGGAAACCCUGGCAUCCUGGGGCAGAGGGGUAGUCCUGGAAUCCCUGGAGUAAAGGGCAAGAAAGGAGCCCCAGGAGCCAAAGGAGAACAAGGAGAGAAAGGAAAUCCUGGGCCUUCUCAAAUAUCCCACAUAAUGGGGGACAAAGGAGAACCUGGUCUCAAAGGAUUCACAGGAAAUCCAGGUGAGAAGGGAAACAGAGGCAUUCCAGGGUUGCCAGGUUUACAAGGCCUCAAAGGACUACCUGGACCUCCAGGACCACCAGGUCCCAAAGGAGAUCUGGGCAGCAUCGGGAAUCCUGGAGAACCAGGACCGCAUGGUGUGCCAGGAAGCACAGGGAAUAUGGGCAUGCCAGGUUCUAAAGGAAAAAGGGGAAGUUUAGGAUUUCCAGGUCGUGCAGGAAGACCAGGCCUCCCAGGUAUUCACGGUCUCCAAGGAGAUAAAGGAGAACCAGGUUAUUCGGAAGAUACAAGGCCAGGACAACCAGGACCAAUGGGGGAUCCAGGAUUGCCAGGUGACAUGGGAAAGAAAGGAGAAAGAGGGCCACCUGGCCCACCUGGACAUUCGGGGCCUGCUGGACCUGAGGGAGUCCCUGGAAGUCCUGGAAGUCCUGGCCACCCAGGAAAGCCAGGUCCUGAUGGUGAUUUGGGUUUUAAAGGAAUCAAAGGCUUCCCGGGCCCUCCAGGAAUAAAAGGCCCUCCAGGCCUUCCAGGAUUCCCAGGAUCUCCUGGACCAAUGGGUAUAAGAGGUAACCAAGGACAUGAUGGAAUUCCUGGCCCGGCUGGAGAAAAGGGAGAAACAGGUUUACUGGGGGCACAUCCGGGUCCAAGAGGAAACCCUGGUGCUCGAGGAGCCAAAGGAGACAGAGGAGCACCAGGCUUGCCCGGCCUCCCUGGCAGGAAAGGGGCAGUGGGAGAUGCUGGGCCUCGAGGGCCCCCUGGCAUAGGAGGACACUCAGGACCACCGGGCUUGCCUGGCACAAUCAUCCCUGGCCAAAAAGGAGAUCGAGGUCCACCAGGUUUAAGAGGAAACCCAGGAGAGCCUGGUCCACCUGGACCUCCGGGGAGUCACAUGAGAGGCAUAAAAGGAGACAAAGGGUUUAUGGGCCGCCCUGGUCCAAAAGGUCCACCUGGAACUGUAGGAGACACAGGGCCACCAGGUCACCUGGGAGCACCCGGCACCCCAGGUUUUCCAGGACUCAGAGGUGAUCCUGGAUUCCAUGGGUUUCCAGGCUUGAAAGGAGAAAAGGGUAAUCCAGGAUUUCCCGGAUCCAUUGGACCUCCAGGGCCAAUUGGGCCAAAAGGACCACCUGGUGUACGUGGAGACCCAGGCACACUGCAGAUCAUCUCUCUUCCAGGAAGUCCAGGGCCACCUGGUAUACCUGGAGAACCAGGAAUGCAGGGAGAACCUGGGCCACCAGGGCCACCUGGAAAUCUAGGACCCUGUGGACCAAGAGGUAAACCAGGCAAGGAUGGAAAACCAGGAACUCCUGGACCAGUUGGAGAAAAAGGCAACAAAGGUUCUAAAGGAGAGCAAGGACCACCUGGAUCAAAUGGAUUGCCAGGUUUGAAGGGAAAAACUGGAGACAUUGCAUCACCUGCUACUGGGCCAACAAUGAGAGGUUUUGUUUUCACCCGACACAGUCAGACAACAGCGAUUCCUUCAUGUCCAGAAGGGACAGAACCACUCUACAGUGGGUUUUCUCUUCUUUUUGUACAAGGAAAUGAACGAGCCCAUGGACAAGACCUUGGAACUCUUGGCAGCUGCCUGCAGCGAUUUACCACAAUGCCAUUCUUAUUCUGUAACGUCAAUAAUGUUUGUAAUUUCGCAUCUCGAAACGAUUAUUCAUACUGGCUGUCAACACCAGCUCUGAUGCCAAUGGACAUGGCUCCAAUCACUGGCAAGGCCCUUGAGCCUUAUAUCAGCAGAUGCACUGUCUGUGAAGGUCCUGCGAUCGCGAUAGCUGUUCACAGUCAAACCACUGACAUUCCUCCAUGUCCCCAUGACUGGAUUUCUCUCUGGACAGGAUUUUCUUUCAUCAUGUUCACAAGUGCAGGUUCUGAAGGUGCUGGACAAGCACUGGCAUCCCCUGGCUCCUGCCUGAAAGAAUUCCGAGCCAGUCCAUUUAUAGAAUGUCAUGGAAGAGGAACCUGCAACUACUAUUCAAAUUCCUACAGUUUCUGGUUGGCUUCAUUAAGCCCAGAAAGAAUGUUUAGAAAACCUAUUCCAUCAACUGUGAAAGCUGGGGAAUUAGAAAAAAUAAUAAGUCGCUGUCAGGUGUGCAUGAAGAAAAGACAUUGAAGAAAUGGAAGAAAGCAGAACUGCUAUUUUUUCAUCCUAAAGAACAAAGUAAUGACUCAGAGCAUGCUUUUAUGUAGGUAUUUUUCUCUAACCAAACAAUAUAACUCCAUGGUGGUUUAGUACAAAGUUUCAAUUUGUUUCCCCACACAACAAAGCAUUUAUUUUAAGUUGGUUCUGUGAUGUUGAUCUCUGAAUCUGGGCUGUUUCAAAGUUCUGUGAGGGCAGGGCAGCAACUUGUCACAAAAUAUCACUUAAAACGUAUUCCACUUGUAUCCAACAUACCAUCCCAACUGUAAUUGUAUAAAGUUUGAAUGCUAGAAGUUGGGAAAUGUUUGGUCCACUGGAUUCUCAACAUUUGUCCUCUUCUCUUUCUGUCUUUGAGUCUCAGGGAGGCCAAAUCAGUCUUAGGUUGCCUGGCCACCCCUUCCUGAAACUUUAGACCCUGGGUAGAGAGGAAGUGGAGACAUGUGGAACCCUGGACUUCCAGACCUGUUGAGGUACCUAAGGUCUCGGGGGACACAGAAUUGAAUUGAGAUUCAUGGAUUUUUCAGGACUCUUUCAAACACACCCAAGGCUAAGGGCAAAAAGGGGUUCCCUGUAUGGAACCAUAAUAGCCCUGGAAAUACUAUAUGGUUUUCUUUUAUAUUUUUGUAAGAAUUUU